GUUUUAAUGCGCCUGCGGGCAGAAAAGCGGUUGCAGCUGCUGCAGGAGGCUUUGAACGAAGCGGGAGUUUUCGACAAACCCAGCUGCAAGGCAUGGGUUGAAGCCGAAAACAAGGCAGCUGCUUCUGGAACGCUGGUGAAAGCAGAAAAAGCGCCCCAAAAGCCCGUCAAAGGUGCAGACAACAAGACUGAAGGGACUUUGCCGAGUGUUCACAUUCCGAAGGAUUUCGUCCUACCUUUCCAAACUCCAACACGAACGUCUGGAUUCUCAGCAGAAGAGCGGCAGCCUGUAGAGGUUACGCAACUGGAUAACUUCGAGGAGUUUGUACCAGCAGAGCUGAACACUCGACUUGAUUUCAAAGUCCUGGACUACCAGCAGCAUCAAGUUCCUCCCGCAUCUGGGUACAUGCAGCCGAACACAGACAGAGAGCGCUUGUCAGCCGCACUGGAGGAAAGCCUUGUGUUGGGCCAGCGUGGGGACGAGCUGGAUGGAGCUGAGAUGCCCGUGUCUAUGCCAGACUCGUGUUUGCUUCCGCCCGUGCAUGAUGCCUUAUCGUUGCUAAUCCCUUCCACAGAGUGCAGGACAUUCGUGGCAUAUGCUGAUUCUGCAGAGUGCGAUCCAGAGCAUGGCCUUGCAGAGAAGCCUGAUCUCUUGGAGCCCCUCGACGUUGUUUCCCUGCUUCCGUCCAGCAUCAUGUCGCUGGAGUCACUUUGGCUGGAGAGCUACCGAGCCCCGCGGGAAGUCACAGACCCAUUCCAACAUGGCGAUCCUUUCUGCCCGAGCUUUGCAGAGGCCGGCGGCGUUUUGGGGCCGUCACUAGGUGCCGAUUUGGGCGGCCAGCGCUUGUCGUACAAGCCGGUCGGCGGCUUUGACAAAGAUCUGCCCAGCGACACGGAUGAUGAUGAGCAGCCUGAGCUCCAAGUGCCGCCACCAGGCAAAGACCUGCAAAGCAAGGCCAUCUCCAGCUUGGCCAGUGGCCAAGACAUGUAG